AUGCCCUUUGCAGGAGAAUGGUGCAGAAUAUGGAUUUAUUUCGGAUUCGUUUUCGCGUGGGCAAAGAGUGCUCGUCCACGUUUUGAUACAUCCACGGACAUGGGGUUAGUCCUAGUUCCAUCGGAUGCGGAAGUAGAUUCAGUCAUUUUUCGACUUCGCGCGACUGAUCAAGAUGCGGAUUUUCCACUUGUCUUCGAAAUAACUGGUAACUCUACAAUCACACCUGUUGUAAGGAUCGACAAUCUACCGUGCACGUUAUACAACAAAGUGUGUCAAGCUAAUGUGAUCCUAACUAAACGACUAGUUCCUGGACGCCUCCACGACUUUGCAGUAAGGGUUAGGGACACGAAGGGUGAUUCGAAUUCGAUGCAGGCUACUAUUUCUGUUACAAACGCCACCACCCCACGUGAUAAAAUAUUCCCGCACAUACCUUCCCUCAUAAUGGUACCAGAGGAUACUAAACCAGGGAAAGAAUUGGAUUAUCUUCUGGUCAGAGCAAAUCCAUGGAGUGGGAAACCUGUGUACAUCGAACUUUGGCUUUUUACUAUAAGACAACGUCAAACGCCUACUCAAACGCGAGGAGUAAUUACGUUAAUCGGAGAACUAGAUUUCGAGACUCAAUCAAUGUACACUCUCACCAUGUAUGCCACGGAUCCAUAUACGGAACCUGGGAAAGAUACUAGAAAUAUUGCAGGUUUAAGCGUAGUUGUGGUCGUGCAAGAUGUUCAGGAUGUUCCUCCGAUUUUUACACUGGCGCCUCCUUUAACGAGGAUUAACAAUUCUGUACAACCUGGGGAUAUAAUACUACGAGUACAUGCAGAAGAUGGAGAUAAAGGGGUUCCCCGUGAAAUUGUGUACGGUCUCGUGUCUGAAAGCAAUCCGUUUACCCCGUUCUUCAACAUCUCGGAAACAAGUGGAGAAAUCAGUCUUGCUAGACCUUUGGAAGAACUUACCCAAAUUACGCACGUUGGAGCACCGGUAGUACUUACAGUGGUUGCUGAAGAGAUAAGAAGAAGCAGAGAAGAACCACCAGCCCAAGCAACUGUCGUCGACGUAGGUUUUCUUCUUGGAGAGCCAGGCAACAGUCCGCCAUACUUCGAGAGCGAUAAUUAUAUAGCAACGAUUAAUGAAAAUUUAGAGCCAGGAACGGUAAUCAAUUUUGGUGAACAGUAUUCGACUAGAGUUAAAGACGAAGAUAUUGGAAAAGCAGGAGUAUUUGCAUUGAAAUUAGAAAAUAAUAACAGUACUUUUGAGAUAAUUCCAACAGUUGCAGAACGCAGUGCAGAUUUUCUUAUCACCGUUCGAGAUAACACACUAAUUGAUUAUGAAUUAUACAAAGUAUUAUCUUUCAAGAUUGUAGCUCAAGAAGUUGGUCCAGCUACAAACCUCUCAACUUCAGUUCCAGUUACCAUAUUUUUAAGGGACAUUAAUGAUAACCCACCAAUAUUUGAAGAGCAAUCAUACGAAGUAACGUUGUCUGAAAAUGUAACAGCAGGAUCACGUGUAAUUCAGGUACACGCUACUGACAAAGAUACAGGUGUUUUUGGCAGUAUUCGAUACACGAGUAUAAAAGGAGAAGGAAGCGAAGCAUUCACCAUGGAUCCCAAUACAGGAUUAAUAACAGUCGCCAUGGGAUCUUCUUUAGACCGUGAAAUUGCACCAAGAUUGGUAUUAUCCGUAGAAGCGCGAGACGAGAAUGGCAAUGGCAACAGAGGAACUGUUCCAUUAAUAAUUAAUCUACUGGAUGUCAAUGACAAUGCGCCUACAUUCGAAAAUGAUAUCUAUCAAUUCAUGUUGAAUUCUGAUUUAACAAAUUUCACGUCCCCAGCUUUUAUAAAGGCUAUUGAUGCCGACGCCGAGCCACCAAACAACGUGGUCAGGUACGAAUUGGUCCAUGGAAAUUAUGAAAAUAAAUUUUAUUUAAACGAAACGAGCGGUGAAUUAAUCCUUCGAUCGCCAAUUACGAAGAUCAGACGAAAGAAGCAAAGUGCUCAAGAGAAGCUUUCGAAAAAGAUUGGAAAAGAGUUCGUUAAAAGUGAAGAGAAAAUCCAGGAGGAUAAAGCAGAAGGAUCUAUUCAUGUAAACAACAAUGAAUCAUUAAUGAAUACUCGAAACAAGUCUAAUUCGAAUCUAACUAAUAGUGUAAUAAUGAAAAUAAUAAAAGAAAGACGAGGAAGAGCUGUUGAAGACGCUUUGUACUCUCUCACUGCCAGAGCUUAUGAUUUAGGUGUUCCACAUCUUUCAAGUGUAACGCAAAUUCGAAUUCUCAGUGGAAUCGCCAUGGAAGCUCGUAUAAUGAUGUUCGUGGUGCCAGGAGAACGGCCAGAUUCAACGAAAACUGCUGAGACUUUGGCAGCCAUUACUGGUGGUCGAGUGACUGUAUUAGAAACUAGGCCUUAUAUUCAACAAAAUCAUACUGGAACUUCAAACACUCUGCCUGGAGGAGGGAAGAAAAGCAUCGUUAUAGCUCGCGUGGAACAAACGGAACCAGGCACCCCUUUGGUAGACGUAGAAAAAAUCCGAGAAACUUUAGCUGCUAAUGGCGUAGGGAUAAUUAAUGGCACUGAUACGUUAACGAGUACAACAAUGAUCAUAAGUAAUAUGAAACCACCUGUUGAUGGAACAGCACGUAAUGAUAACAACAACAUGCAAACAUCUAUAAUUAACAACACCAUUACUAGUAUCCAAAGUGAAGAAGUGACCGUAUACAAAGCAGAGAAUAAGUUACUGCUCUGGCUAUUGAUUAUUCUGGGCUUGUUGAUGCUUUUGGCCAUUGCCAUUUUAAUUAUCUGCUGCAUUCAUCCUGGGUGCCCAUUUUAUAUGGCACCUAGAAAAAGAAGGGUGCAUUCUUCGGAAACUUUGGUCGUGAGAGCUGAUGGAAGACCAAAGAGACACCUUCAUCGACAACCAGCUGUAGCUGCAGAAGUAUCCUGGAAUGGAAGAAAACAAGCAUGGAGUGCCGAUCCCACAAGAAGAAACUGGCAGUUCAAUAAAAGAAACGUAAAGAAUUGUUCGCUACCCGGGGAUGUUGCUUAUGUAUCUCGUCAACCGAAUGACGUUCAAAUGAACGUCGAAGCUCAAAGAUUAACAGAAGGUCCUCCUUAUGAUCAUUCAAGGAGAAGCAGAAUGGAUGAACAAGAAAGAUUAUAUAUGGAAGAUAUUGAUGGUCAGAAAGGUAGAGCUUAUGAUGCUGUUGAAAUGGAUUCCUUACAGCGACACGAAAUGGACAGAGGUUCGGAUGUUCAACGACAUGCUUAUAGGCAAAGAUACAUGGAGCCCAGUAUGAACGAAGAAACGUCUGUAAGAGAGCAACACUUCUAUCGCGAGGGAAACGCCGAAGUCCUGCGCCUGGUGACCAGAGGACAAGUGGAAGACACAUCGAGUCACCUUCACCAUCCUCACCACCAUCGUUCCACGACUUUGAUCGUGGAUGGCAAAGACAUCAUCCUUCAAAGGUUCAUAGAGGAUCAAAAAUCGAGGCACGAGUUGUCGGUGCAGGACAUCGAAGCAGCUCGUAGCAUGGAGUCUCAUCAGAGAUCCAAAGAGAUGUUCCAGCAACAAGCACCAGAGAUAAUCUUGAUACCGGACAAGCUAGAUCUGGGACACAGGCAGCAUGUCGAGGAGAUAGGACCAAACGUUCAAAGAUUGGUCAUCGAUCACGGUGAUUACGAGAAGGAAUCACAGAUCAGAGAUGCUAUCAAACAAGAGAGACAAGGAAGCGGUGCAACUGCGGCUCCAAUGGCGGAAAGACCUCCAAUUAUCGACAAAGAUACUCUAGCGAAGAGUCAGUAUUCUUUUCACGAUCUGGAAUUAGCUAGACAAAACGCUUUAUUGACCCGAUUGUUAUUAGAAAGAGAAAAUAAACGUCCAGGAGGUGGAGGAGUGGAUUCGACGAGUUACCUGGAGACUCAGAGUCUUCCUGGACAGGUGGCCAUUGCUACUCAAACCGACAGAACGGCGGCUACUCAAACGGAGCGUCAGGUGAGAAGCAGAAGCGACAACGACGAAUCUGACGAGGAAUCGCGGCACAGAAAGAAACUGAAGUCUAGAAAGAAGUACGGCGAAGGAGAGUGGAGAAGAUCUCGAACAUUGUGGAUGAAAUCGCCGAUCGAAGAAGAAGGUAGUCCUUGCUUCGACAAACGACUGAGCAUUUUGAGGAAAAAGGUGAAGGAGGUGAAGGAAGGUAAGAAGAUCUCCUUGGAACCGCAAGUUCUUCGGGAGAUUUCCGAUUCGCUCGAUGGGAAUGGCAGCUCCUGCAAAGCGGAGGAGGAUGAAUCGACUAAGACUUACAGAAAAUCCACGGAACAAACGAGUAUUAGUUACAAAAUAUUGAAUGAAAAGAAGGACGAUUCGCAGUCCUCUGAGGAGGCUCGUAAGCGAGAGAAGAGUUGCGAGGAUGCGACCGACGAUCAGAAAAUGAAUAUCACCGAGUCCACUUCCUCGCCGGAGAUAAAGAUUCAGCGCGAGAGGACGGAGGACAAGAGUCCGCGGAAGGAAGGGAAAUCAAAGUCACAGAAGAAAGCUGAUAGUAUGAUCAAGCCGAGCUUCAGGAUCCUCGAGAAGGAAUUCACAAUGUUGACGAAGAAACUGAGCAAACUCGGUGACAAAAGAUUGCAGGGGAGCACGAGCGACAGCACGAGUCAGGAGAAGUUGGAACCGUGUUCGAAGAAGGAGCCGGAUCACAAAAGUUUGAGGAAAACUGAUAACUCUCAGAAACAGACGAUCGAAACUGGUCCGAGCGUAUCGAGGACCGAGCAGAAAGCGAAACAGAAGAAGGAAGCUGCCAUAGCGAAGACGAAACAGAAGCUCAAGUACCAGCAGACUCACGUGAUGAGCACCGGAAGUUCCGAGUACGAUGAUGCUCUGGACAAAUCGAAGAGAAUAAGCGGAACUUGUCAGGAAACGAAACAGAGACAUCCGAUUCAUGGGAAAUUGAAACGCCAGCCUGCGAUUGACCGGCGAGAGACGAAAAAGCAAACGGAGCAGGAAACUGGAAAGCGAAAGCACAGUCCUCCGAGAGGAACUCCGAAGAUUGAGCGGAAAGCUGAGAAGAGAUUAACGCGCGCGCCGAAAUUGUCAGUUGUAUCUCAUAAAGGGCAUGUAAGUGAAGGGACGAGCACCAGUACCGAGGAUAAGAAAGAUGCGUUUAAUUUUUCAGAUUUUAAGAAGAAAAGCAGUAGCCUUUCGUCGGACAAAGAUUCCAGCAAGGUGGUUAAGGAUGAUGAGAGAAAGGGUGGGAAGAAGGCGGUUCAAAAAUUCAGCGAUGACUUUGUCGAAGAAUCUGAGACGGCAACUAAACAAGAUGCGAAAAGUGUGAAAAUAGAACCAAUUCCUAGCAAGGAAGAGUCCAGUCCUGAUAAAAUGAAGCAAUUGAUAAAAAGUGGAUUAGGAUAUGGAGAACUUUUGGUUGAAAAGCUGAAGAAAAGUGAACAACCACCGUCUACUGAAGAAAUGAAUAAAACUCCUGUGGAUGAUAAGCAGCAAUCGAUUAAGGAUCAUGUGAUUGAUGAUAGUGUUCAAAUGAAAAAAGAAGAAAUUAUUGAAAUUAAGGAUAUUGCAGUAGGUGAACAACCUGAGGAUCUUCCAACAUUUCAAAUUGAAUCAACAAUAAAAGAAUCAGAGAGACAAAUAAUAGAUGUUAAAGAUGAUACAAAACCGAGUGAAAAAGAUUAUUCAUUUGAAGGAGAGAUGAAAACAGUGAAAGAAGAACAUGAAGAUAAAAUAAUAAAAGAUUCAUUAAAGGACACCACAAAAGAAAAAUUAGAAAAAUUAGAAAAAAAUGGAGGAGAACAUAAAAGUGACUCUGUCAAGGAUAUAGCAGAAGUAGAAGAUAAAGUAGAAAAAUGUAAAGAAGAAUAUAAAUUAUUAGAUGAUACUAAAAAGCAUACAGAUAAAAUUGAAGAUGUACAGACAGAAAAAGAAGAAGGAACUGAGAAACUGGAUGCUGCACAUGAACAUCUGAAAGAGAGAGUGGAAAGGCUGUUUGAAGAUCAUGAAACAGAAAUUGAAGACUUAGACGCUGAGCAUAAAAUUAAAGAAAUUUCUGUAAAACCAAGUGAAAUGAGUAGCUCGUUAGAUGACACUCAUAAGGAUGUAGAAAGUAAACAUGAUAUUGAAGAAAAGAUGAAUGUAAAAGAAAAAGAAAAAGAUGUAGAAAUACAAGGUAAUGGCAAAGUAGAUCUAAUACAAAAACCUGAGGAAGUAAUUGAAUACUAUAUAGUUGAAUCACCAAAAAGUGAGAUAUAUAGCAUGGAAAAGGAAUUAUCAGAUAAAUCAGAAAAAUAUGAAAAAGAAGAAAAAUUAUGUGAAACUGAUAAACAAAAAGAAGAACACGUAGAAUAUGCAGAUAUAGAUGAAAAACCUGUAAUUACAGAAGAAGAAGAAGUAAUAAAAAUUAUAUCAACUGGAGAUGGAAAAGAAGAGAUUCGUUUAGAUACUUUCAAAGACGAAGAAAUUAGUGAUUCAAUCAAAACUGAUGAUCAACAAAGUGAGAAGAGUGAUUUUUUAGAUAAAGAAAAAAUAGAAGAAAUUAAGAAGGAAAGUGAUAUAUUUAUAGAAGAUCUUUCUUCAGUUGAAGACAAAAGCACUGAUAAAGAAAGGGAAGAAGAUAUAGUAAAAAGUAAAUCAAUGGAUCAUACAAUUCUUGAACAAGAAACUACUUAUCCUGAUAAGGACGAAAUUUCUGACAAAGGACAAAAAGUUUCUACAGAAGUAGCAAUUGAUCUAAUUAACAAAGAAGAUGUUAGUUCUCUAAAGAAAGAAGAAACUUUCGAUAGAGAACCAGAAACAGUUACAAAAACUGAAAUGGGAGAUCAUCAAAUAGAAGAUAAAGAAAAUGCUUUUCAGAUUGUAGAAGAGAAAACUAUUGAUAGUACUUCUUUUGACAAAGAAACAGCUUCUGAUGAAAAGGAAGCUUUCACAGGAAUCGAUAAAACUGCUGAUCAGGAAAUUAAUGAUCAGAUCACUGAAGAAAAUGAAAUAAAAGACAAAUAUCAUGACCAGCAGGAAGAAAUUACUUCCAGAAAGGAUACAAUAAAAGAUGAUGAAAUCACAGAAAAAGAUUUGUCUAUACCUGUGGAUGAAAUAAAAGAAAAAUACCAUGAUGAACAAAAGGAAGUUAUUAUAGAAACAAAGACAUUAGACGAUAGUCAAAUCAGUAAAGAAGAGUCAGAAAUUCCAAAAAGCAUGAAAAUUGAAGAACUUGAUUCAAAGGUUGAAGAAAAGGCUGUUCCUUCAGAGAUAAAACAUGAUAAAUUAAAUAUAGAUGAAAAUAUCAAUGAUCAAGAAACAAAUGGUGAUUUAAAAACGACUAAUGUUGAAAAACAAAAUCUUCACGAGACUGUUCCAAGCAAUCUUCCUGUUUCUAUUAUACAAGAUGUGAAAGAGGAAACAAUAGCAGAGGUAUCUUUAAAAGAUGAUCAAACCACUGAGGAAAAAAGUGCUUUUGCAGAGAUGUUUAUAGGUGUACAUUCGCUAGUUGAUACAUUAGCAACUAAAGGAGAAUUAAUACCUACAGAAACUGAAACUGAAAUUAAGGAAGUUGCAUCUCAUCAAGACGAUGCAGAAACUUUCAAAUCUGACGAAGCUUCUCUUUCAAAACACGACGGUGAAUCUUUAAAGCACACAGAAGAAAAUAGAAGAAACCUCGAAGAAACACGGGAAGAAAUGAUGAAAAACAAAUUAAUGAUGCCUGCAGAAAAUAAAACAGAGAGUAUAUCAGAGGAUACUAUCAAAGAGGAUUUAACAGCUGACGUAAUUAAAAAGUCCAAAGCAGAGGGAUUAAGUGAUAGCGAACAAAUCGUUGAAUUAUCAGCAGAUGAAGCAGCGAUAUUAAAAAAGCUUGAUGAGAAUAAAGAACCUGUAGAAUCUUUGGAUGAUAAAUUAUCGUCGCCAAUAAAAACGGAAAAAAUGAUGGAUCAACCGUAUGUCGCUGAGGAAUCACUUCAAAGCAAGGAAUCCGAAAUAGUUCCAAAAAGUGGGACAGUAGAUGACAACGUGGAGGAAAAUACUGAAAAGGAAGAGGAAUUGCACGAGCUACCGCUAAGUUUCCAGGAAACUUCUUCCCCAGGGUCGAAGGAAGCGUCAAAAGAAAAGUUUCUGUUAGAUCCCAUUGCCUCGGAAACUCUAACGGAUUCGAAAAAAAUAGUCGAACCUGAGGAACAGUUGAAAUUAGUCAGCGAGCAAGUUGAACCGCGAGAAGAUUCCCAACAAUCUGUUGGGAAACAAAUUUCCAGUGCAAAUGAAGACGAAACUCAGCCACUUCCUGAAGAGCAGCCGCGUAUAACCAUGAUUUCUCAAGAUGAAGAAAGCAAACAAGAUGCGGAGGGAACGUUGCUUUCGAAAGAGAGUAUGAUGGUGGGAAGAGAGCUGAAGGAUGAGGCUGUUGGAGAACGAUACGCAGACGUAAGCCUACCACUUUUUACGAGUAUAAUAGAUACAAUGGACGAUUCGGAUGAUAGUGAUUCAUCGAGUGAUAUUUCCAGGAAAACUACGCUGACCACCAGACCGUAUCAGACCCCACGGCAUCGCGCACGACAGUCCCCCGAGAAAGAAAGCGCUCAAACUGAAGUACACGACAUCGAGGACGAAGAGAAAGUGUUAAUAGUGGAGCUGGAAGAUGAGGACACCGGAGUUUCGAAAGAGAUUACAAUGUUUGAAAAAAGUGAAGAACAGUUUAAAGAUAAGGCCACUGCACUGAAUGAGGAAAAUAGGACAACUGUGAAAGCAGAGACAGCUUCUGGUUAUACAAAAAUGGCAGGCAACGUCGAAGAAGAAAAUGUACAAAAGAAGAAACAAUCAGAAUCAAAAUCUAUUUCAACGUUCGAGGAGUUCACCUCGAAACAUACAAAAGAAACGAAAUCAAAAUCUCACGAAACAUCGUUAAUUCGUAAGCAUUUGAAAACUGAGCUAACGAAAAGUGACGAUAAAAGAACGAAAGACACGGAAAGAAAGAAAGCUCCUUUUCGAGGGAAGAAGAAAAGUUCUUCGGAAGAAUCUUCCGAAGAGAAAGCAUUUUAUUUUCAAGAUGCAACGAAAUUUCAUAAGAAACCUCCGGACAAGCAAUCGGUGAAGAAAGACAGCCCUCGGGUGAGAUCAAGAAAGAUGGAUGAAGACCAACGAAGAAAGCAAUACGCUUUGAGAUUGAGGGGAGAAAAGGAGAAAAAAUCGGCCAGUGGUGAGAAACACUCGACUCCUCCAAAAACAGGUGAAAUAGACACGAGCAAAGCACAGCCUAAAUACAUGGCUUGGUACAAGAAGAACCGCGAAGAAAUGGAGAAGAAAAGGGCCGAGUUAAUAGCGACUGAUGAAGAGGAUCAGCUUCCUCGAUGGUUAAGAAGGAGCAUGAAGAAUCAAAAAUCGGAGAAAGAUAAUAAAAGGACUUCCACUCACAAAGUUGUUGAUGCAACUCCGAGGACGAAGCAAAAAGUGAAACCUCUUGUGAACGUUGAAUCUGAACAAUUGAAAGCCAUUGUUCGUCAAGGAAGGAAAUUAAGGCGAGCCGAAGGUGGGAAAAACGAAGAUCCACCUGUUCAGAUAUUCGCGACGACGCCACCUGCAGCUCCACAAGGUGGCAAACAUCAUUUGGUGCAGCAUUCUGAAUACAAAUACGAAAAAGUUCCGCCGCCCUUUUACCUCCAUCCUCCACCGGUUCCCCAUCCAUCGCCCCAGUUAUCGCCCCAACAUUUUGAAAUUCCACCGACGAUGGAACCCGCCCAAACGGAGGCCGAUUUCGAUUCUGGAAUAGCGAUAUCGUUACAGGGUGGUAAUAGGCUACGACAUCAACAACUUUUGGAGAAGAAAAGUGUGUUCGACAUCGCGUACAGCGAAGCAGCUCCUUCCCAACUGCGCUCUGACAGUACCACUCCUCCGUCUUGA